AUGAGUGUUCUGUUUAAGUUGCUGAUCAUCGGCAAUUCGUCUGUCGGAAAAACAUCGUUUUUAUUUCGUUACUGUGACGAUUCAUUCACAUCAGCAUUCGUAUCAACAGUAGGAAUCGAUUUCAAGGUCAAAACAGUUUUUCGAGGAGACAAGCGUGUGAAGCUACAAAUAUGGAUAAGGACAUUUAACACUUUGUCAAUCACAUUCCUGAAGCAAUAG